AUGCUCGGAAAGAUUGCGCUCGAGGAAGCCUUUGCGCUCCCCCGCUUCGAGGAGAAGACUCGCUGGUGGGCUAGUCUCUUCUCGACCGAUGCGGAGACCCAUGUCCGCGAAAUCACCGACAUCAACAAGAUCCGUAUCGAGCAUGCCGACAAGCAUGGUGUCGGCUACCAGAUCCUCUCGUACACGGCUCCCGGUGUCCAGGACAUUUGGGACCCUGUUGAGGCUCAGGCGCUGGCCGUCGAGAUCAACGACUAUAUUGCCGAGCAAGUCAAAGCCAACCCUGACCGGUUUGGCGCAUUCGCCACCCUCUCCAUGCACAACCCCAAGGAAGCAGCCGACGAGCUCCGUCGCUGCGUCGAGAAAUACGGAUUCAAGGGUGCUCUCGUCAACGACACGCAGCGCGCCGGUCCCGACGGCGACCAAAUGAUCUUCUACGACAACGCCGACUGGGACAUCUUCUGGCAGACCUGCACCGAGCUCGACGUGCCCUUCUACCUGCACCCGCGCAACCCCACCGGCACCAUCUACGACCGGCUCUGGGCCGACCGCAAGUGGCUCGUCGGCCCGCCGCUGUCCUUCGCCGCCGGCGUCUCGCUGCACGUCCUGGGCAUGGUCACCAACGGCGUCUUCGACCGCAACCCCAAGCUGCAGAUCAUCAUGGGCCAUCUCGGCGAGCACGUCCCCUUUGACUUGUGGCGCAUCAACCACUGGUUCGAGGACCGCAAGAAGCUCCUCGGCCUGGCGGAGACCUGCAAGAAGACUAUCCGCGAGUACUUCGCCCAGAACAUCUGGAUCACCACCUCCGGCCACUUCUCCACCACCACUCUCAACUUCUGCAUGGCCGAAGUCGGCGCCGACCGCAUCCUCUUCUCCAUCGACUACCCGUUCGAGACGUUCUCCGAUGCGUGCGACUGGUUCGACAACGCCGAGCUGAACAUCCCCGAUCGGUUGAAGAUCGGGCGCGAGAACGCGAAGAAGCUGUUCAAGCUGGGGCCGUACAAGGAUAGCGAGGCAUAG